AUGGGGCGUACAGUGCCGCAUAUGCGGAUAAAUAUGCCUCUAGUAACCUCAGAGUUAUUCUUUUCUACAGGAGACGGAGCUGCAGGUCUGUAUCCUAUAGAUGCCUCACAAGCAGCAGCAGGAGAAGCAUUAGCAGCAGAAGUAGCACAAGCAGCAGCAGAAGCUGCAGCAAGAGGCUCCCCCUCUGCCUCCCCUGCAGAAAUGGAUGAAGAGACCAUUGGUCAGUCUCCUUGGUUUGCUGCAGAAGAAGAAGGAGACGAAGAAACAGACAUAUAUGCAGAUGUAAGCAGAGAGCUUGCUGUUAUAGAGGGAGCAGAGCCAGCUUCUUAUUAUUUAUCUGCUGCAGAGGCAGCAGCAGAAGCUGCAGCCGGAGCAGCAGCAGGAGCAGCGGGAGCAGCAGCAGCUGCAGGGAUACCAGCAAGGGAGGAGCACCAUGAGUUGCUGCUCUCUCCUUAUGCUAAUAGUUCUAUUUCCCCUGUGUCUGCCCUAAGAGAGGAAGACAGAAGCAGCGCUGCUGCUGCUGCAGCAAGCAGCAGCGUGAGGCUCUGGCGGCAGCAAACUCUUGAUGAACCUUAUACAGACUGGAUGCGGCACAAGAAGAAGAAAGCAAAAUACCCAUUUGCAGCUGCUGCUGAUGCUGUUGCUCCUCCUUCGCCUCCUGCUGCUGCUGCUGCUGCUGCUGCAUCGUCACGUUGGGACAUGAGGCCCCCGAUGUUAAGAGGUCUUCUUUUCGAGCAUGAGGAGAGAGACACAGCAGACACCAGCAGCAGCAGCAGCAGCAGCAGCAGCAGCAGCAGAGGAGAUAAUACAGAUUGGGACCUUGCUAGUCUUAUGGGGUCCGUAGAGAGAGCGCGGCUGCGGCUGCAGCAGCAAGAAGCAGCAGAAGACAGAGUAGAUGAUGUUCUUUAUGCUGGUGGUCUCUUUCAAUUUGCACAGAGUGCUGCAGCAACAACUAGUAUUUUUGCUGCUAAUAAUAGCAGCAGCAGCAGUAGCAGCAGCAGCAGCAGCAGCAAACCUGCUGUUCCUGCAUAUAAUAACAGUCCAGCAACAACAUAUCCUGCUCCUGCUGCUGCUGCUGCAGCAAGAACAGCAGCAUCAACAGGAAGAUAUGAUGCACAGUCUGCUGCAGCAGAAAAAGUACAAUUGGGGCAGGCAGCUGGAGUAGCAAAGACUGCUGCUGCUGCGUCUUCCUCUUCUCCUUCUUCUUCUGCUGCUGCUGCUGCUGGCAUUUCCUUAGCAGAGAAGGCAAGAAGCUAUUUUGAACGGCCGCAUGCAUUUGGUGCACCUGCAGGUUAUUUGCAGCAGCAACCAGCAGCAGCAACAACAACAACAGCAGCAGCAGCAGCAGCACCCUCGUGUGGAUUCAAUCUUGGGUUAGGCAACAGCAGCAGCAGCAACAACAACAAGCCAGGGCUGGGUAUGUUCGGUUCUGCUGCUUAUCCUUCAUCUUCUGUUGCUAUCCGUGGUGCUCCUGCUCCUGAUCCUGCAGCAGCAGCAGCAGCAGCUGCUGCUGCUGCAGCAAGUGCAUGCGGGGCGGAAAUAGCAGCAGAGAAGCAACGUACAGCAGAAUUAUGUUUAGAGGUUGAUGAAUUAAAGGCAGAAUUAAGAAGAGUACAAGAAGAAGCAGAGACACAAAAAGCAGCAGCAGAUGCAGCAACAAGGAUACGUAGUUUGCUGCUGAAUUGGAGGAAAGAGGAAACAAUGAGGCAGCAACGUCGUGAGCUAGAGCAGCAGGAGCUGCAGCAAGAUAACAAGCAGCAGCAGCAACAGCAGCAACAGCAGCAACAGCAACAACAACAAGACCUGACGCAGGAUGAGGGUAGUGCAGCAGCACUGAAGUGUUUGCUAGCUGUUGAGGAUCUUCUGCGUCAUGGGGGUAAAGGACGAGGAGGAGCAGCAGGAGACUCUGCUGCUGCUGCUGCUGCAGCAGCAGCAGCAGCAUUAGGAGAGUCAGGUAUAGAGGAGCUGCAGCAGGAGCUGCAUGCAUGCCGUGAGGGUAUGCGAGCAGCAGAAUGUAAAUGUGAAUUAUUAACGAAUGAAUUAUCUUUCUUAAGGGCUGUUAAUCAGCAGCUGCAGCAGCAGCGGGAGCAGCAGCCAUGUAAGGCAGUAGAGGAGCUGCAGAGACACCUGAAUGAGAAGGUGCAGCAAGCAGCAGCAGCACAACAGGAAGUGCAUGCAUUGCAGCUGCAGCACGAUAAAUUUAGAUCUAAAGCAGCAGAGGAAUUAGCAGCAGCAGAAGCAGCACAAGCUUCUCUUACUAGGGAAUUAAAGGCAGCAAGACUUACUGCAGCAGCAACAAUUAAGGAGCUGAGGGAGUCGCUGCAGCAGCAGAAAAGUGCAUGCAGCGAGCUGCGGAGGCUAAAGGAAGCAGCAGAAACACGAUUAAGGGAGUGCAGCAAAGCAGCAGGAGAUACAGAACUAGAGAGGCAGCAGCUAAGGAAGCAGCAGCAGCAUCUGCAGCAGCAGCACGAAGCAAUACGUCAAAGUCUUAGUUGUAUUCGUGCUAGAGCAGCACAGGCGCAGCAAAGAUGGCUUGCUGACAACAAUUCAACUCUUGCUGCUGCUGCUGCUGCUGCGGCUCCUCCUGCACCUGCUGCUGCUGCUUCUCCUGCUGCUGCUGCUGCUGCUGCUGCUGCUUCUGGAAAGAAAGGGCAAGAAGAGGAGUCAUCCUUCGCUUGCUCACCCCCCUCAGCUCCUGCUGCAGGAACUUCUGCUGCUGGAGCUGCUGCUGUUGUUGCUGCUGUUGAGCCAGACCAAACAGCAACAAGUGCUGCUUUAAAAGGCAGCAACAGCAGCAGCAGCAGCAGCAGCGGGGACAACAGCAGCAGCCCGAGUGUAGAAAGCAUCCUGCCACAAACUCCCUCCCCUCGAGAACCUCAAGACUCCCAUUCCCUGCAACACAAGACACAAAGGCAGCAGCAGCAGCAACAGCAGCAGCAGCAGCAGCAGCAGACUCUGGCUCCGAACUUUGGCGCGUACGUACACCCCGAUAUGCAGCGUCGAAGGAAACCAAAGCAGCAGCAUCACCGCGGCCAUGAGCCAGCGUCAGCAGCAGAAGCAGCAGGAGCAGCAGGAGCAGCAGCAGGAGAAGUAGAGAGCGAGAGUAUAGGAUAUAGCAGAGAUACGGAUGUUUCCUCAGCAAUAGCAGCAGCAGAUUGUGUUGCUGCUGCUUAUCCUCCUCGUUAUACAAGAGAAGAAUUUCUUUUUUCUGCUGCUGCUGCUGCUAAUAAAACAAUAAAAAAAGAAAAAGAAGGAAAAAAUGUUUAUGUUUUGCAUGCAAAUUCUCUUUCUUCUUCUGCUGUACAUACACCGCAACACCAUCAACGAAGCGCCACGAGUUUUUCUGUUGGUGGAGGAGAGAAGGAAGAUUUGCUGCAGAGGAGUGCUGCUUCUGCUGCUAUAUCUUCUAUAUAUGAAGAAGAAUCUGCUGCUGCUGCUGCUGCUUCUGCUGCUUCUGCUGCUUCUUUUUGUUCUUCUUCUGAUGUUCCUUUUGCUGUUUCUCCUGCUUCUUCCCAACUACCAGUGCAUGCAGAGCAACGGCAGCAGCAGCAGCGGCAGCAGCAACACGAAAGGCUAUCGCCUCUGUCCGACAGCAGCAGCAUCCAGCAUACAACAGCAGAUGCUGCAGCAGCUGCAGCAGCAGACGCUGCAGCAGCAUUAGCAGCAACAACAGCAGCAGCAGAAGCUGCUGCUUCUCCGCGCACGAGAGAGGAGGUGACAACUGCAACAGCAGCAAGAGAAGCAAGGGAAGCAAGAGCAGCAAGAGCAGCAAGAGCAGCAGCAGCAGAAGACAAGACUUCCUUCUCUAGUCCUCCAACCCUUUACUCCGAAACAAAAACGGAGGAGCAGCAAAUGCUGCACACAGCAGCAGCAGCAGCAGCAACAGCAGCAGGUGUAGCAGGAACGGCAGCAGCAAACGGUAGACUAGACCCAACGUCUGUUGCAUGUAACGUUCUGCUGCUGCAGCAACAGCUGCAGCAAAGCAUGCACGAGCUGCAGCAACUGGAGCAACAACAACAGCAACUGCAGCAGCAACGGGAAAUCUACCUGCAGCAACAACAGCAGCAGAAACAAAACAAAAAACAAGCAGAACAGCAGCAGCAGCAGCAGCAGCAACUGCAACACCAAGAGGUUCAUCAUGAACAGCGGCAGCAAUUGCCGCAACGCGAGCAACAGCAGCAACUGCAACGUGAAGACAACCAGCAGCAGCAACAACAGCAACGGCACGAAGACAAGCAUCAACUGCAGCACCAACUGCAGCAGCACGAGCAGCUGCAGCUGCAACAUGAAGAGCAACUGCAACAACAGGAGCAGCACGAACAACAGCAGCAGCUGCAGCACCAGCAGCAACACGAGAAACAGCUACAGCGGGAGCAGGAGAAGCAGCAGGAACACCAGCAGCAACUGCAGCAGCAGCAGCAGCAGCAACCUUCUGCUGCUGCUGGCUCUCAGCAGCAGCAAAGUGCCUCUAUUGCAAUAGCUGACUCUGAUCUAAAUAAAAUGGAGACAGCAGCAUGCACAGAAGAACAAGUUGCUGCUGUUGCGUCUGCUGCUGCUGCUGCUGCUGCGACGGGCACUGCAGCAACCCCAAAUGAAUGCAGUGGCCUCCCAUUAGAGCAGCAGCAGCAGCAGCAGACGCAACACCAGCAGCAACAGCAGCAACAGCUACGGCAGAGCGAAGACGAGUUGCAACGGCACAGAGAAGAGAACAAAAGUCUUCGAAAAGAAGACCAGGAACAGCAGCAACAGCAGCAGCAACAGCAGCAGCAACAGCAGCAGCAGCAACAGCAGCAGCAGCAACAGCAGCAGCAGCAACAGCAGCAGCAGCAACUGCAACAACAAGAAGACGUGGAGUCUCUACAGGAAAUAGGAGAGUCAAUGACAGCACAACACUGCCAACAUGACGGGCAGCAUAAGCCACCAGUUGCUGCUGUUGCUGCAGCAGCAGAUGCAGCAGCUAAAUCAACAGAGGCAGCAGAAGCAGCAGCUCAGUCACCAGCAGCAGAAGCGGCACCAGACGAAUCAGCAGCAGCAGAAGCAGCACCAGCCGAAUCAACAGCAGCAGAAGCAGCAGCAGCCGAAUCAACAGCAGCAGGAGCAGCAACUGCUGAGUCAACAGCAGCAGAAGCAGCAACAGCUGAAUCAACAACAGCAGCAGCAGCAGCAACUGAAUCAACAGCAGCAGCAGAAACAGCAGCAGCAGCUGAAACAAUAGCAGCAGCUGAAUGUUUACGGCAUAGGGCGGAAGAACUCAGCAGCAGCUGCUGCUCAACUCCAACGACACCGCACCCUACAGACACAGGCAGUCCUUCCUGUGCUGCUGCAGCAACAGCAGCAACAGCAGCAGCAGCAGUUGAGCAGCAGCAGCCGUCUGUCAAAGAACGUAGAAGUCCUGAUGCUAUACGAGUCAUCAUAACAGCACCAGAAGCAGCAGACGCAGCAACAGCAACAGGUGCAGCAACAGCAACAGGUGCAGCAACAGCAACAGGUGCAGCAGGAACAACAACUGGAGAAGCAGCACUAGCUGCAGCACAAACUGCAGCACCAGCAGCAGCACAAGCAGCAGAUGCAGCAAAAGAAGCCCCAAGUGAGGCAGAAGUAACAGUUGCAGCAACAGCAACAGGUGCAGCAACAGCAACACAAGCAGCAAGUGCAGCAGAAGCAACCGAUGCAGAAACAGAAAGAGAAUCAUCUUCAGCAACAGAGGCAGCAGCAGAUGCAGCAACAGCAGAAGAUGCAGCAACAGCAGCAGCAGCAACAGCAGCAGCAGCAACAGCAGCAGAAUCUGCUUGCAUAUCUUCUCAUGCAGUAGGUCUUACAGAUGAGGACGCAUCAGCAUUAAGACUAAACAAAGAGAAUGAAGCAGCAGCAGCAAGAGCAGCAGCAGCAGCAAGAGCAGCAGCAGCAGCCAGGGCAGCAGCAGCAGCCAGGGCAGCAGCAGCAGCAGCAGCAGGGAAGACGGUUGCUGCAGAAGAGAUUUGUGCUUCUUUGUACGACUCUGUUGAAUAUCCUCUGCAUGUUGCUGCUAAUGCAUGCAAUGAUGCUGCUGCUGCUACCAGGAACAGCAGCAGCAGCAGAAGCAGCAGCCGACGUAGCAGCAGCUGCAGCAUCAGCAGCAGCAGUAGCAACAGCAGCAGCAGUAGUAACAGCAGCAGCAGCAGGAGCAUCAGCAACAACAAUGUUGGCGGCAGCUAUAGCAAAAACCACAACAUAAGCAGCAGCAUUACCACCAACAGCAGCAAGAACAAUAGCAGCAGCAGCAGCAGCAGCAGCAGCAGCAAAUCCUAA